AAGAACAUGAAUCUAUAUGACAUCAUCCUGAGUAUUGGCUUCUGCUCUCAUACUGCAGUUGGGAUUUUGGGGAACUCCUUCCUAAUUUGGCUCUUCCUCUUUAUGUUGCUCACUGGACAUAGACUAAGGCCGAUAGACACAAUUCUUGCCCAGCUGGCUUGCUUCAACUCUUUGCUGCUUCUCUCCAAGGGUAUCCCUCAGACAAUGGCAGCUUUGGGCUUGAAAAAUUUCUUGGAUAAAAAUGGGUGUAUAAUUGUCUUCUACCUUCACAAAGUAUCUCAGGGUCUUUCCCUCAACAUGACCUGCUUUCUAAGUGGCUUUCAAGCCAUUACCAUCAGUCCCAGCAGCACCAGGUGGUCAGAGUUUAAAGCCAGGGCCCCAAAGUAUAUUAUCCCCACCUCUUCCCUCUUUUGCAUUGCCCAUUUGCUAUUAAAUAUCAUUGUUUUAGAGAAUGUUGGAGGCCUCCAGGGCUCCAAAAAUCACUCAGAAUUACAUGAUUAUGGAUACUGUUCUGGUAUAGAAACUGCCAAAGUUAGCAGUAUACUUUUUGGAGUUCUGGUCUCCCUCCAUGAUGCUGUGCUCAUAGGCCUAAUGAUCUUUGCCAGUGGCUACAUGAUAUUGCUUCUGUAUAGACAUCACAAGCAGAACAAGUACAUCUACAUGGCAAACCUCUCCCCCAAAGACUCCCCUAAGAUCCGGGCCAUCCAGUCUAUCCUGCUGCUGAUGAGUACCUUUGUCUCCUUUUACUCACUCAAUUCUAUUUUGAUUUCAUAUAUGUAUCUCAGAAAGCCAAGACCCUGGUUAAUACAGUGCUCUUCCUUACUUAGUAUCUGUUUCCCUACUUUUAGUCCAUUUGUGCUAAUUUGUAGUGACUCACAACUUCUCAAAUAUUGCUGUGUUUUUUGGGGAAGGAAUGCCCCAGAUAUUUAG